GCCGCGGGGCGGGGGAGGGAGCGGGAGCGGGGCCGCGGCCGCCAGCCUCACUUUGUAGGAGUGAGGGGCGAGCGCAGCCCGCCCGGGGCUGCGAGCCACGCUGCAGCACAGCCGCGCAGCGUCCCUCUGUCUCUCCGAGCCCGCAUGUGCCCGCAGGACGCCGGCUCCCCUCGCGCCCCACACUCGGCUUCCCUGCGGGUCUGAGUCCCGCGGGGGCAGCGCCGCGAUCGCGAGUGGCGGCGGCGGCGGCGGCGAUCGGCGACAAGGGCCGGGGCGGCGCGGGAUGCGCCCCGCCUGCCUCCUGGGGCGGUGAAGCCCGCUGCCGCCGCCGGAGGACGAGGAGGGAGGAAGGACAGCCUCGUCCGACGAGACGCCUCGGGUGGAGGGCGGGGGGCGCGGAGCGGCUGACCCCCCCCCACUUCUCGGCGGCUCCCCCUCGUUGUAGGGAGCCUCGCCGUGUUGCUCCCUCGGCUCCCCCAUGGCCAACUCCCAGAACGGCCGCAACCCGCGCAAGGGACGGAUCCUGGGCUUCAUCGACGCCAUCCAGGAUGCUGUGGGCCCCCCCAAGCAGGCAGCCGCCGACCGGAGGACUGUGGAGAAGACCUGGAAGCUCAUGGACAAAGUGGUAAGACUGUGCCAAAACCCAAAGCUUCAACUCAAAAACAGCCCACCUUACAUACUUGACAUUUUACCAGACACUUAUCAACAUUUGCGACUUAUACUGAGCAAAUAUGAUGACAACCAAAAACUUGCACAACUCAGUGAGAAUGAAUAUUUUAAAAUCUACAUUGACAGUCUCAUGAAAAAAUCGAAACGGGCUAUAAGACUCUUCAAAGAAGGAAAGGAAAGAAUGUACGAGGAGCAGUCACAGGACAGGAGAAAUCUAACAAAGCUGUCCCUCAUCUUCAGCCACAUGCUGGCAGAAAUCAAGGCUAUUUUUCCAAAUGGCCAAUUCCAGGGUGAUAAUUUUCGUAUCACCAAAGCAGAUGCUGCAGAUUUCUGGAGAAAAUUCUUUGGAGACAAAACUAUAGUGCCGUGGAAAGUGUUCAGGCAGUGCCUUCAUGAAGUUCAUCAGAUAAGCUCUGGUUUGGAAGCAAUGGCUCUUAAAUCUACUAUUGACUUGACCUGCAAUGACUACAUUUCAAUUUUUGAGUUUGAUAUCUUCACUAGAUUAUUUCAGCCAUGGGGUUCAAUCUUAAGGAACUGGAACUUCUUAGCUGUGACACAUCCUGGAUACAUGGCAUUCCUGACAUAUGAUGAAGUGAAAGCGAGGUUGCAGAAAUACAGCACUAAGCCUGGGAGCUAUAUUUUCAGACUGAGUUGCACUCGCCUGGGGCAGUGGGCCAUUGGAUAUGUGACUGGCGAUGGGAACAUAUUGCAGACCAUACCUCACAAUAAGCCUCUGUUUCAAGCUUUGAUUGAUGGUAGCCGGGAAGGAUUCUAUCUGUUUCCAGAUGGACGAAGUUAUAAUCCUGAUCUGACAGGUUUAUGUGAACCCACACCACAUGAUCACAUCAAAGUCACACAGGAGCAGUAUGAAUUGUACUGUGAAAUGGGUUCCACUUUUCAGCUAUGUAAAAUCUGCGCAGAGAAUGACAAGGAUGUGAAGAUUGAGCCUUGUGGGCACCUCAUGUGCACUUCUUGUCUUACAGCAUGGCAGGAAUCUGAUGGCCAAGGCUGUCCUUUCUGCCGCUGUGAAAUCAAAGGAACUGAACCAAUCAUUGUGGAUCCCUUUGAUCCAAGGGAUGAAAACUCUAGGUGUUGCAGUAUUAUUGAUAGCUUUAGUAUGCCCAUGCUGGACUUGGAUGACGACGAUGAUAGGGAAGAGUCUUUAAUGAUGAAUCGCUUGGCUUCAGUCCGAAAGUGCAAUGAGAGGCAGAAUUCACCAGUGACUUCCCCGGGAUCUUCCCCUCUUGCACAAAGAAGAAAACCACUUCCAGACCCCCUGCAAAUCCCACAUCUUAGUCUUCCACCUGUACCUCCUCGUCUGGAUCUCAUUCAGAAGGGAGUAGCACGGUCACCAUGUGCAAGCCCAACUGGGUCACCAAAAUCUUCUCCUUGUAUGGUGAGGAAACAAGACAAACCUUUGCCAGCACCACCACCUCCCUUGCGUGAUCCUCCACCACCUCCACCAGAACGACCCCCUCCAAUUCCACCAGACAACAGAAUAAGCAGACACCUGCAUCAUCCGGAAAGCGUGCCUUCCAGAGACCAGCCAAUGCCCCUUGAAGGCUGGUGUCCCAGAGAUGUGUUUGGGACAAGUCAGUUAGUAGGAUGUCGAAUAGGGAGUGAUGCUUCUCCCAAACCAGGACUGACUGCAGUUUCCAACAUAAAUGGAAGGCACAACCGCGUAACUUCUGAGCCAGGAUUUAUGAGGAAACACAGACGUCACGAGCUGCCUGUGGAAGGUGCCAAGGUAUUUUCAAAUGGUCAUCUGAUAAACGAAGAAUAUGAUGUCCCUCCACGGCUUUCACCUCCUCUUCCAGCUGCUUCCCCCAUCCCUAGUAUAAAGUGCUCUCUUCCCUCAGCAAAUUCUCUGUCUGAUAAAUCAAGGGAUCACACAGAUGAUGAUGAUGAAUACAAAGUUCCUUCUUCACAUCCUGCAAUACUAAGCUCACAACCACCUCAUUGUCAUAAUAUAAAGCCUGUUGCUCGGGUGUGUGAGAAUGGUCAAUGUGCUGGAGUAACGAAUGGAACACACAGUGCUACUUCUGAGAUGAAGAAACCAAAACAUCCAGAGUUAGGAGAUGUCUAUGAUGCACCUACUGUUCCGGUACCUUUGCCACCUGCACGACCUCCUACCAGAGACAACCCAAAACACAGCUCUUUGCUCAACAGGACACCCUCCGAUUAUGAUCUUCUGGUGCCCCCUUUAGGUGAAGAUACGUUUGAUAGCUCACCCCCUUCACUACCACCACCACCACCACCUGCUCGGCAUAGCAUCACUGAGCACACAAAACCUGCUGGCUCAGGAAGCCGACCUCCUUCAGGACAUGAACUGUUCCUUCAUCCUGAUCCCCAUUUUGAUCCGAUAACCGGUCAUGUUCCUUUGCCACCUGCUCGUAGAGUAACUGGAGAAAAUGUAAAAACAAAUAGGACAUCUCAAGACUAUGAUCAACUUCCUGCCUCUUCAGAUGGUUCACAAGCACCAGCCAGGCCCCCUAAACCACUUCCUCGGAGGACUGCACCAGAAAUACACCACAGGAAAGCAUACAGCUCUGACAGUUCCACGGAAAAUGUGGAUGCAAAAAUUGCAAAACUUAUGGGAGAAGGUUAUUCCUUUGAAGAAGUCAAGAGGGCACUUGAAAUUGCCCAGAAUAAUGUUGACGUGGCCCGUAGUAUUUUAAGAGAGUUUGUCUGUUUUCCUCCACCAGUCUCUCCACGUCUCAAUCUAUAGUAGCAUGAAGAUUUUCUUGGAGCAUGUGAAUUCUACAUAUACAUGUGUGGAUUGGGGAAUGAGAGAAAGAAGAGAACAGAAUAUUUUUCUUUCAUCUUUAAUAGGAGGGUGUCUGUUUCCAGCCGUUUAUCAAAGGCUCAUGGCUGCUCUGAUCAAGACUUAUAAAUAUGCUGAGGCUUAUGUAUUUUUGCUAGCCAUACUUUUUUAAAUCAGGGUUGAACUGACAAAAUAAUUUAAAGAAGUUUACUUCCCUAGAACUUUUAAUCUGUGAAAUGCUUUUUCUUGUUUACAAGUUGGCAAGUUACAGUUUUCUAGUUGAUGCCUGUACUAUGUUCAUAUCCCCUUGUACUUUUGGUCAGUUCUGCUGUAGCAUUCCCAACAGUUUCCAUGCUGACCACCCCAUCAACUAAAUCAUCACUUUCCAGAAAUUCUGUUUUUGUCGUUUUGUUUUUUUCUCUUACAAGAUGCUUUAAUUGUUUUUUGCAUUUCAGCUCAUCAAAUGCAAAAGUAUGUGGCCUUCACUACUGAUUAUUUUUUUCUUCUGAGAUUCCUUUGUUUUUGAGAGAGGAAAUAUCUGAAUGUAAAAUACAUUAUUAUGUCUAUGAACUGCCUUUUUAAAGGUAUUUUGACAGUAAUGUUGGGCAGCUUUCUGUUUAACAUGAAUUUCAUGACCUGUAAUCUUCAAGGUUUUUUUAUACACAGCUUCUACAAUUAAGAGCAAAAAAUAUCCCAACCAAGAAUUACAAUACUUCAUGCAAUGAUACUGAGUUCUGACAUGUAAAAGCUCUUUAAUAAUUGACUAUUUGAUUGCAAAUGUUCAAAACAAACAAACGACAAAACAAAUGCACAUGAUAAUGUACUGCAUUUUGAUUACACACUAAUUACACCACUUCUCUGUGACGUAUGUAUACCAAGGCAUGCCAGACUAGAAGGAAUCUUUUUGAAUCACAUCGAUGGUAUUCAGGUAAAUUCCAGUUCUAGCUUCUGCAAAGUAGAAUGCGGUUAAUUUUUUGAGUGAUUAUCCUGUGGUUCGUUGUGGCUUGGAUCAGUUUGUAUUAACAUGGAAACUUCAAAAUUUUGAUGCACUGUUAAUUCCUAAUGCUACUGUAGCAAUAUUUUUGUGCAAAGUUCUUUAGUAAUCUCCUCCGUACACUUUAUUAUUCUCCAGUAUGUGUUUAAUAUCCAAAUUCAUUCAUUCACUUUCCAGCUACUUAGUUGGAAAUACAUUGCUUUAGAUGGCUAGUGAUACUACAGACUUUGACAUGUUAUUUUUAAGCCCCAAAUGAUGCAAGCCAAAUUGAAAAUCCUUCUAACUUUAGAAAAGACAGAGAGAAGUUGGUUGUGUUCUUAGUACACUGAAAGUUAAGAGUCCAAAUAUUUCCAGAAUAGUUUUUGAUUGCUGCUUCCCCGUUUUUGUAGGAAACUUCAAGUCUUCUUUUCUUCUGUUACUGUUGAAAAGAUAAAACCAUGCGGUAGUUAGAUUUUUCACAUUUUGAGAUGUGACCAGUAAAUGAGAAUUUUCACAUUGUGCUAAGCUGGGUGUGAGUUAUAUAUUUAUUGUUCCCUUUCAGCUGUCAGUUUUCUCCUUCACUCAUAGCAAGUGAUGAAAGCUGCACCACUUACAGGAUCAGAUCUCAGCAGCCAAUGCGUUUGUUCUUAAAAUUUUUGAAUAUGGCAAAUGCCUGAAUUGCAAGAUUCAAAGUAACUGGAAAUAUCCAGUGGAAAUUGCUGUGACAUCUCAAAGUCCACCAUUUCAUCAAAUAACUUAUUCUUAAAACUAAUUAAAUAAACUAUUUUACA